AUGCGUUUUGAGGCAAAACAUCAAUACUUCAAAGACCUUAAGAAAAUACUGAAUUUCAAGAACAUUUGUUUAUCCUUAUCCAAUCACCAUCAAAAGAAGGCAGCCAUGAAUUGCAGUGCUGGUUCAAUAUUUAAGGGUAAUGAAUAUGGUCCUGUGCAACAUCCCAAAGGAGAAGAAUUGUCAAGAAUAAAGGACAGGAUUUCUUCCGCUCUUGCUCUUGAUCCAAAUUCAAUAAAUAAUGUGGAAUCAUUUAAAUGGAUUAAACUUCAUGGAACAAAAUAUAUAGAGGAUAAAUGCUAUUUGGCCAUCCAGUUUGAUGAUGUAGACCAUGAUGUAGUACGUCUAGAAACGGUAUGAUAUGAUGAAACACUUAAAGCUUUUGAGGUUCGUCCACAAGCCUCAUGCAUUACUUCAAUCACGCCAGAUAUGCUAAUUACUCACACACCUUUGGCCAUGUAUACAUAUCAUGGCUCUAGUUACAUUAAGUUGAAAGGUAGCAUUUCAGAUAUACAAAAUAAUUAAAUCUUCUCAAUAUCAGUUUCAGCUCAUUGUUUGCAUGACUUUGCUUCCAUGGCUGUUCUCAAUUAAAGAAACCAAUAUUGUGGUUAUGAGAAUGUUAUAUUUUCUAUCAAUAUCUAUAGUUAGAUGUGAAUUUCAAUUGUGUUUUAAAGUUGUUAUUUAUUAUUUGAGUUAUACCACAGCUUGUGCUGGUAUCAUGCUGUUUUUGUUGAGUGUUUUAGGAGGGGAUUGGAUGCAUGUUCCUGGUGCACAGUGCAGCACAACAAAAUUAAUUUAUUUCAAUUCACUUAACUUCAUAGUCAUUCUUCUCUUAUAAGGAUUUUAAAAUAAGUAAAAUAUUAAAGUACAUUCUUUAGGGAAUUUGAACCUACCUCCAAGCAGAUACACUUAAAAGAAAUAGAAGACACUGAUAUAAGUGCAAUGCAUUUUAAGUGACUCUUUGUUAAGGGAAUAUUAUUUUAAAAGGGGUAAUUUUUUCUUGUUUUGGGGCCUCAAUUUUUUUUAAGGGAAAUUGAUUCUUAUUUGAGAGCGAAGUACACUUGGUUGACAUAAUUACGCUAAUUUCAGUGAAAACUUCAUAUUUCAGUUCAAACACUCUUACUUUUUGAGUUUUUCACUUAAUAAUUAUACUUUUUGCAGUGUAUGCUUUCAACUAUUUACCUAUUUAUUGAAGUAGAGGUGGCUGGAGGUGGAUAUUUACCGAACAACGAAGCAGAUAUCCACCGCUAACCACCGAUACUAAGGUGAAUAGUUAUUGUAGUGUAUACUAA